AUGCUCGAGGCUCAUGUGAAGCUCCCGGUGAUUGAUGAUGACCAGGAAGUCUACCUCUUAUUGCUAGAUGACGAGGCUGAAUCAUAUCCGGGUCCUUCAGGUGAUUGGAACUUCCUGACCUGCGCCGAGCGGCGAAAAAGAGCGAAAAACAGCUGGCUAAUCCCGGGAGGACAUCUGAGGAUAAAGACACUUGUGAGGGAAAAGAUCCGCCCUCGUUGGUGGUUCGUGGCCCUUGCAGAUUGCUCGGGACAAGGGUUGAGGAAUGUGCAGUACGAGGUACACGCCCAAAACAUCUUGUACGGCUGGGCAUCUGAGUUCUCCACCGACAGGCGUUAUGCAUUGCAUGCAUUCGUGGCCUUUUGCGUUGUUUUUGCGGCUUUCAUGAUGGUGCAAACACGCGCGAACGUGAUCCUGGCAUCUCGACAACAUGACGAUAGUGCCAGGAGCAAGGCCGCGCACCCUUUCGCUCGCAUUCUCUUGAGUGGGAUAUGUGUGGAGCUGGUGGCUUGUUUUUUCGAAGUUCUUCAUUUAAUGCUGUUUGCAAGCAAUGGGUGCGGCAGCCCGAUGAUGCAUGCAUUUUCGCUGCUGGCAACGACUUCUUCAAACUUUAUUCUUGUCUCCCUACUUCUCUUAGUCUCCCAGGGAAAGUGCGUGUCCUACAAGAUGAUUCCAAAGGAUGCAUGGAGGAUGUUCAUGAUCCUCGGCCCCUUCCUGCUAUCUUGCCUGUUGCUGGAGCUUUGGGCAGAUUUCGCAACUUCACGCACUUACAGCUCGGACUACGUGUAUACCAGCCCUUGCGGCUGCGCGGUGAUUGCGGUUGACCUGGCGCUUCUGGCCUUCUAUAUCGUCAAUGUUCGCACGACCUUGUCACAGGAGUCUGGGCGGGCUGACAGCUACUUCUACCGCCGGUGGGGAGUCGCCUUCGGUUGCUGGUUCGGGGCUCUGCCCUUCUCUGCAGCACUCUCCAAGAUCCUGCUGGCACCGUGCAACCGCUGCAAAUAG